AUGCAGGUGCUGCUGCCGUUGCUGCGCCACUGGCGCCGGAGGGGUCAGAAGGUGCUCGUGUUCUCGCGCAGCACCCGGUUGCUCGACAUCUUGGAGGCGUGCCUCUUCCAGCAGGGCCUGUCCCCACAAAUGCUCCGCCUGGACGGCACCACGCCGCCGGGUAACCGUCAGCGGCUUGUGGACGAGUUCAACACGUCGGUGGCGCGAAGCGUCUUCUUGAUAUCGACGCGUGCUGGCGGCGUCGGGCUGAACCUCACAUCUGCUUCGGUGGUCGUCAUCUUCGAUCCAGAUUGGAACCCGUUCUCGGACCUACAGGCACAAGACAGAUCCUUCCGCAUCGGGCAGACCCGCGUGGUGGAAGUAUACCGCCUGCUUGGCGCCGGGACCAUCGAGGAGCAGAUCUACGUGCGCCAGAUCUGGAAGCAGCAGCUCGCGCGCUCGGCCAUCGACGGCACACGCAGCGCGCGCCGCAUCGACGACAGCAGCUUCGGUCUGGGCUCCCUCUUCGAGCUGCACGAGACGUCCAUGCUGCCCUCGCUGAUGGCCGAGGCUUUCCAGUGUGCGCACGGGCAGGUGCCCACGGCCGAGGCGCUGGAGGGCGGCGUCCGCGUCUUCCGCGACCUGCGCAGACCAGGCCAGGAUGCUGGGCUGGGCCUCGCGGAGCUGUGCAAGGACAACGACCACAGCGAGGCCACUGCAGUGGCAGCCCCGCAUGCGGGCCUGGACCAGGCGGACGCCACUUCGGCGACGCAGGCGCUGGACCUGCUGCACGGGAUGAUGGACCAGGUUGACCACGCGAAGGUGAUCCGCGAGGACACGCAGGAGAACAUGCUCCUGGAUGGCCUCCCCCAGGCGGACGCCGAGAUGACGGAACCCGCCUGACGGUCUCCGAUAGUCCGUCGGCCUCCGCGGCAGCCUUCGCGUGGCCCAAACCUUCACAUGUGUUGUCGCAGAGUGCCCAGACUUGAGGUUCAUGCGGCUACAGUCGGACCGAGGUCUAAGACCGAGGUCGGUUCGGGGAAUAAUGUACCCCAGAUCUGUUCGUUCUCGUGGGAUCUUACUGUGCAUCCCUGGGAGGGUACCCUUGGAUGUUCUGUGCGCUUUGGCCGACGGAGGGCCUCCUCUUCUGCAGGGGUGUUCUUCUGGCCGACGGGCCCGACGGCACCCGCGGCAGACCCCGCCACCGUGUGGGCGCAGCACGGGCGUGCACGGAGGGUGGCUGCGCUGCCGAGCCCUCCCGGGCAGGCUCGCCCGAGCCGUCUCUCGGGGCCGCCCCUCGGUUGCCUCGGCGCGCUGCGGCGCCGCAGCGUGCCGAGGCCGCAGCAGCGCUCGGCUGUGGCGCUUCGCUCCCCGUGGGAUCGCCACGCGCGGGCGUCACUGCGAGCCGGGCCGCCGCAAAGAACAGA